AAGGAGCUAACAUUUGAUGUAAAAUUUGUUCGUCUAUGCUUUACGAUGAUUUUGUGAGUGAUCAGAAAAUAUUAAUCUCACUGUCUAUGUUUUCAUGAAAACAGCAUGGAUGAAAAUGCUAUAUUGUUAUCGGAUCUAAUUUUUCUUCAAACAAAAGUAACCAAUUCCUAGCACAAGUGGAACUGAUACAAGACUCUGAUCUGUGCGUGACGCGUCCGCCGGGAUUCCCAAACUUGGAAAGUUUCACGAUCCUGCCGUUGGUUCCAAAGGUCGAAUCCAUUGGAAUAAGCCUACCUACUUCGAGGACACUUUCGCCUCUAUUUAUCCUACAAUAGCCUUGGCUUCAUUAGUUCAGAAUAGACCGACCGAAAUGAAUAAUCAGCUCUAAUCUCUUACGAAAAUUUUACCCUCCGAUUUUUAUUCUUAACGAAUCGUAUGAAUAGUCCUCAACUUUAGGCUCAUAAAUAGACAAACAACGCAACCAACAACUUUAUCGACUGUUUACUGUUUUUUUCCUCACAUUGUCGGCAUAGUCGCCCGUCAUAGCGAAUCGGCCCGCUUGCAAAUACAGGAGGGAAGAAAUAAACGUGCUCCCCUGAAAAUUAAUUUGGGACAAAUUUGUACACCAGGAAACAAGAUUCCCGGAUACCGUCAAUGGAACAAAUAUUAUUCUACAUUACAUUUUCGUAAGUGGAUAAAGCUUAUUUAUAUUCAACAAUCUUAUUGUAGCUUAUAUCAAGCUCGGUACGAUUGGUCAUUAUAUUUCGCUAAACUCCUCUUGAAGAAAAUGAACGUAAACUAAUCUAUUCAAGGAGGUGUUAUUUAAAUCAAAUAUUUUGUCAUUCCGGUGAGUCUUGCGUCAGUCUCGCCGCCCAGUUCAAAUUUCUCGCUGCCGACGAUCCCGCCUACUACAGCAGUGAAGGAGAUCUGUGUUGAACUGCAAUCAGUCCGAGCUUUGACGAGGAAAAGAGCAGUGUUUCCUCUCACGGCCACUGCGGUCAUUUCCGCUAGACUCGGGAAUUUCAGUAGAGUCGCAUGUCGGCGACAGCUUCAACCUGUUGCGUUUGAGACUUCGCGCCGGCGAUGGAAACCGCUACUAAUUUGCUUCUAACGUUACAUCAAUUACUAAUUUGCUUAAUUCGACCUAAUAAAUCACCGUGAAAAUAUUGAAAACCAUUCGAAAUCAAAUAAUAAUAUAAAUUAUAUAUAAAAACUGCUCGAAGUACGGAUAAUAUUGCCGCCAUUAUGCAAGAUCGUCCAACUAAACAACAACACGAAGGCCCGAUCGUGCUCAAGAGAAGCAUUACGCUCUUGAAUGGCAUCUCAAUUAUAGUGGGCAGCAUCAUCGGCUCCGGGGUGUUCGUAUCUCCGGGAGGAGUAUUACAAUACGCUGGAUCGCCCUGGGCUGCUAUCGUCGUCUGGACUGUGUCUGGCGUCUUGUGUACAGUCGGCGCACUCUGUUUCAGCGAGCUGGGCACCAUCUUGCCUGCAUCAGGCGGCGAGUACACGUAUGUGCUGCACGCGUUCGGUGACCUGCCGGCGUUCACGACGCUCUGGGUGAAUGUGGUGCUGGUGCGGCCAGCAGCGCAGUGUGUUGUCGCCCUCGCCUGCGCCGAAUAUUCCCUCGCCCUCGCUUUCCCUCAUUGCCCGCCGCCGCGUCUCGCCGUUGCGCUGCUUGCUGCCCUCGUUCUAGGUGUGCUGACGGCAGUCAACUGCCACAGUGUGCAGUGGGCCAUGCGUGUACAGAUGAUCUUCACUGCAGCAAAGUUACUUGCACUCUUCAUCAUCACAAUCAUGGGCUUCUACGUGCUCGUAACAGAGAGAGGUGGACACCUGCGGGACACGAGCGUCACCGCUCAACCUGAGGCAGACUGGCAGGGACUGGCCAUCGCGUUCUACGCGGGGCUCUUUGCGUACGGCGGCUGGAACUACUUGAACUUUGUCACCGAGGAACUCAAAGAUCCGCAUAGGAACUUGCCGUUGGCCAUAUGGGUGGGGCUGCCGAUGGUGACGAUGGUGUACGUCUGCGUCAACGUUGCCUACCUCGUCGUCCUGCCAGCUGACGUGCUCAUUUCGUCGUCGGCAGUCGCCGUCGAGUUCGGGUCGCGCGUGCUGGGUCCACUUCGCUUCGUCGUGCCGGUCUUCGUAGCGCUGUCCACCUUCGGCAGCCUCAACGGUAUCCUCUUCACCUCCGGCCGAUUGUUCCUCGCGGCGGCCAGAGAAGGCCACAUGCCCGCUGUCUUGUCCUUCAUCGACAUCAAAGCAAGAACCCCGAAGCCAGCUUUGAUCACCUCAUUCUUAAUAUCCCUGGCUUUGUUAGGGUUAGACAUCAUGGCGCUCAUCAACUGCCUGUCUUUCGCUCUGUGGCUGAGCAUCGGCGCGGCGACGGCCGCUUUGCUGAGGCUGAGAUACACACACCCGCUCCUACACAGGCCUAUUAAAGUGCCUAUUGUAUUGCCACUUGUGUUCCUGGCGUGCUGUGCUUACCUCGUUAUUGUCCCGCUCAUCACGGACCCUACAAGUACAGGCCUCGGCAUGCUGUUCACCCUGUCUGCCCUGCCGGUCUACUAUUUAGGCAAAGCUUGCAAGAACAACAAAAAUGCACAGCGCUUCAGUUAUGACGCGUCGGUGCUGCUGCAGAAGAUCCUGACGGUGGUGCGUCCUGAAAAUCCUACAGAGGAUUCCUUACGGCUGCUGGAGCAGUGAUGCUGAGAUAUGCUACCGAAGACAUGCCACUGUAGACGCAGCAUAUACUGUAUGCUGUAGACGCAGCAUAUACUGUGUGCAGUAGAAUCAGCAUAUAUGCUUCAGUAUACACACCAUGAACUAUUUUGCUGUAAAGAUACUCCUGUAGCUACGUUGCUGCAUGAGCUGUAAUGAAGGAUAUACAGCGGAAGGAAAGCUGCUGUAGAGACAGCGUAAAGGUACAGACAGUCUAAAAGCGUUGGUGCGUACAGAGGCGUACGCGCGCUGACGCUGCGAUUGAACUUUGCUACAGAAAACGUUACAACUGGAGUUUCAAUGCAGAGGAUAGAGGAUAAACAAAGAUGUUAAUCCUUUACUAAGCGGUGUCUGACGACACAUCUGUAGCCAUGGGGCUAUUGAAGAUCAGAUGCCCUACAACCAGAUACUUUGCUUCUGUUAAGCUCUGCGUGAGUUAAGUUGAAAAUACAAAAUAACUUUUCGUGUCAUUGAAUUUGAAGGGAAAACACGAAUCCUGUUGUUGUGAACAAUGCUGGAACUGAGCUGAGAAAGACACCGCUGAGACUGCAUGAGGUGUUAUGAAGCUGAAACAUUAAUGUUACAUGAGGAGUCGUGCAAGGAGAAUCUCUGAACUACUAUAUACGAGCGCAUAUAUAGGCUUCAAUUUUCUAAAAUAUCCAUGACAUGAUAACUUGUGAUAAUUUUUGCAGGAACUGUUUCGUAGGCGUAAACCCUUUUGUACAAUUUAUUUCUACGACAACGUCUAUUAAAGUUUGAAGUUUAAUCUUAAGUUGCUCAGUCACACGUGAAUUAUUACAUCAUGGUUGUGCGUUAAGAGAUCUCACUGGCCAGCAGGUCCGAAGUAAUUAUGAAACAUCAACAAAAGAUAAUUUUAGUCGCAUUUUGCUUCAAAAAUAUCUGUUGGGUUACACUAUCAAAAAUAGGUAAUAAUUCGCAACUCCGUCAGCUAAUCACUGUCGGCUUUCAAUCUAGCCUCACCAACCACUGGCGAGGAAUUUGAUGGUGAACCUUCUGGAGAAGAAACUAUAAUUAUUAAUCAAAUGUCUUAACAAAGGAGCUUAAAGGUAAAUGUAUAAAUGUAAUUGGCAAUUGCAGCCAAUUGAGAUUUUUUGCUUGUGAUUAAGGAUAGCGAUAGGAACGCAGUGGCUGUGAUGUGAAAAUCACAUUGGUUUGAACCAACGAUUGUUAUCAAGUACGACAUAAGUGACAGCUAUGCCAGCAUUCCAGGUAAUUUUUUUAAUUAAUUUUAGUAUUUUGCGAUUUAGUAAUACGUGUUGACAGUUUUGACUUGGUUGAUUGGUAUGAUCUCUUCUUCUGCUGCAAUUGUCUAGGACCAACAAUUCUUCAUUUUUUGGAUAAAUGAAGAUGUUUGGUUUUGCACAAUUGCUAGGCUUAAACAAGAUUAUGUUUGCCAGGCAUAAUGAGAUAUUUCCUCGUCAUGACAUUUCUCCUCCUGAUAUUAUCCCUCAUCAAGGUUAACCCUAACAUAUAACCCGUCUCAAGGUACAUCUAGGGUUAAUUUUUUAGCCGCAGAGAAACUUUGACUAAGGUAAAGUUCUCUUAUGGGUAUCCUCUGAGACAUCGAUUGCUGCCUCUUGCUUGGAUGUCGUUUCUGUGCCUUCAUAAUUUAUCGGCCGAAAUUACUCAUAUUAAUGAUAAUAUUGCUUCCAAUAGGAGAUGAACGAACCUCAGAUGUAGUUGUAUGUCUAAUGUUCAGUGUUUGUCAAUAUUUAUUAAAUUGUGCUGUCGC